CCGAAUCAAACAGACCGAUUGACACCGGGGAAUCCCGCGUAUUAUUCAGGAUUUUUGGCCUUGGAAUAUGAAGGGACGACAAAGUGAAGAACCAAAAAUCUUCUGCGCUCUUGAGUCCUGAGACGAAGCAACGGGAGCUACCUACUAUUUGAGCCGAUCGCUGACGAAGAUUUGCAUUCUUCAAACUUGUGAAAAUGGAUAAAACUGAGGAAGAAGAACUUGAACCUCUAUUCGACUACAGUCGAGUUCAGCCGAUUAAUGUAAUAUGCCUUGACGAUGACUCUGACGAAUCUACCUUGCCGAAAAAAAGGAAGAUUUCUGAAGCGGCGUCUAUCAUUGUUGACAAGGGGACUAAGGGCCCCAAGGUUGUAAAUCUUGUGGAUGAAAAUGAAGAGGAGGAUUGGCUUCCACCUCCUCCCAAAGUUUCAGAUGCUGCUCAGAAUUUUGAAGAGGACUCCACUAUAAAGAAAUUGAGGUUAAAGAAGCAGGAGUUGGCAUCAUUUGCUCAAUCAGCUGAAGAACUGAUGCGAGCAGUUGAAGAGUCAGCCCAAAGAGAUCUUAAAAGUUCAUUGCAUUUUCCUCAGGAGAGCGAAGUUGAAAAUGCAUCAAAACUUCAUGAUCAACGUGCAAAAAUAAUUAUUUCUAUCCAAGACAAGGAUGGACAAAAGCAGUUCCGUGUCUUCAAGGAUGAGAAGUUUGAAAAAAUCUUCAAAAUGUAUGCUGAGAAAGUUAAGCGUGACACAACAAGCUUAGUAUUUUCCUUUGAUGGGGAUAAAGUUAGCCCAGCUGCAACUCCUGGUGGUCUAGGCAUGGAGGACGAUGACAUUAUUGAAGUUCAUGCCAAGUCGAGAUAACCUAGUUUACAUCAUGGUGCUUCUGCUUCAGCUCAGGUUUCAACAUCAACAUCAAAAGCGAGUCAACUGUCAACUUCGACACCCUUCUUUUCUAUGUUCAUAUUAUGGUAUGGAAAACUAAGUUAUGAGGAUCUGUUGCAUUGACUUUAUUGACUUUUAGAUAACUGACAUGUCCAUUGGGCCCCAAUUAGUUCACGAAUUUUGUAGUCGAACAUCCUGAGGCUAACUUUCCUACACAAAGAUGCCAGAAGAAUUGAACAAGAUGAGAAGUUUUGUACAAUUGAAGAUAGUAAAUAAUCUCAUCUUGCCAAGGGUUUUAUUGUCUGUCUUCUUGUAAGCCUUUUGAGGAUGUGCUAAUAGGUGAUGUCUUGGUUCUUGGAGGUUUUUGCUUCUUUUAUAUAGAGAUGGUUAAUUUGUGAUCAGACGUGUUUUGUUUGAAAUGUACAGUCAUCAAUUUAAGGACACAAUACAAGGGGCAGCAGUACUAAGUUUAUACUUUC